UCGUAUCCUUUAUCCGGAGAAACGGACAGAUGGCCUGGCUACCGAGCAGCUCCAACGGGGCGGACAACGCGGACGAAAGGAGCACAGCUUCGAGUGGGUCCUCCGGACACAGCCAGACCAACGAAUCUCCGCAUUCCGGAAAUAUAAAUGGAAAUGGAGUAAUCCGGGACACCGGGAGACACCCGCCAGCUCUGCUACGGCACGCAACGCCCCAUCUGCAGCCCAAGACGGAGUCCGUGUCCGACGGAGACGGUGACGCGGAGCUCUCCGAUUUUUCCCUUAACGACACCGAGGAGGAUGAGGAGGAUCUGCGGGACUACAUCGUGCUGAGUGGCAACCAGGCGGAUGGCAAUCGUUCACUGUCCAGUUCCCCGCGUAGCCACUCCCGCAACGGACUGCUUACAGCGCCUCCCAGCUCCGGAAGUUCAGUCGGCGGAGGCUGUGGUGGGGGAAAUGUCUCCGGAGGCAACGCGUCCAGCGGCGGAGGAGGAGGAGUCACUGGCGGAGUGCGUAAGGUGUUUACAAACACAAGGGAGCGCUGGCGCCAGCAGAACGUAUCUGGCGCCUUUGCGGAACUACGCAAGCUGGUGCCCACGCAUCCGCCGGACAAGAAGCUUUCGAAGAAUGAAAUCUUGCGCUCGGCCAUCAAGUAUAUCAAGCUGCUAACGGGCAUCCUCGAGUGGCAGCAGCGACAGGAGCCUUCCCUGCAGACUAGGGGUCAACUGGAGCCGAACAACAACGACAAUAGGAUGGUCAAUGGUCACGCGGCGGACGGUGAGUUAGAAAACGCAAGUAUCCCAGCAGUUCGGCACAUAAAAUGUGAACGUGCCGACGGACAGCAGCAGAGGAUAGGGCUUGGGAACGGGGGAAAUGACCUGCUAAUGAUUGCCCCGGGAGCCAUUAUUAAGAGCGAGCUCCUUCUGGAGACACCACUGCCUCUUGGACAGCCGGUUCUGGGCACACCACUGCCGUUGCCCACUGCUCCGCUGGCCAUUGUGGAAUCACGAAUUUCCGGAACCGUAUCCGGCAUUAAGGUGAUUGGCAGUCGAACCAGCAAGCGGCGUCUCAAGUCAGAGAGCGGGGCCACCGACCUCAGUGUGGGCAAACGCCGCCGGACUUAAAAGACGCGGCCAGAUGGAAUCUCUGGAAGAAUGGAUGCCGACUGUGCCGAAGCAACGGGAGCAACUGUCAGAUAGUUACACCCCUCAUAUUAAAAUUAUUUUAUUUUACCAAUAAAUUUAAAAGUUAUGGAAAUACUAUCUUAAGGUUUAUGAUGUCAUGUGUAGAACGACAAGGAAAACUAGACUUUCACGUAGCUCUGCUUUAUUUACGCAAUUGUAAGUAAUUUUACUUUACUUGUUUUCUGGCAAUGAGCUCGGAUCUGCCGUCGGCGCGGGAGUCGCUCAAGGCGGACUGAAGCUGUCCAGCGCAUUGGAGCGCUCCCACCCCUCCUGGAGGGAGCGCCAGACCAGCGGAAGAUGGGAGCCCAGAUCCUCACGAUGCACCCAUCUAUAUCUUGGCCCUUUUGCAGCGGAAUUAAACCCAAAGCUGCUGUCGAGCCACGGCUUGCACUGCAAAUAAUUUUUUGUUGGUUUAAAAUAAGCUUCACCGGAAAUAAAAGACAUCUUCAAUAAGAUUUAAGCGUCCUUACUGCAACAUAAGAUCAUGUUCAUAGU